AUGUUGAGCACAUUGGCUAGGAAGAGCAAGCUAGUUGGCGCAAGUAAGAAGAGCAAGGGCGCCUCGGCUGCUGCUACGGUGACAGCAGCGGCCCCGGCGCACACAUCCGGGCGUGGAAGUGGCUUGACGGUGGUGGCCCGCAACCUCGGUCACGGUGGCGGCUCGGCCUUAGGCGCGGAUUCUGUGGGCCGAACCCUAGGUCGUGGAAGCAGAUUAGCGUCGGCGGCAGCGGCGUCCCGCCCUAUCUUUGGUGGUCUCGGGUACAACGCAGCGACGGCUCCAUCCUCCAUUGAUGGAUCUGGCGGAGCUGUUUUCCUCGGCGCGGCGACAGCUCCAUCAUUGGAUGGUGGGUUUCCAUUCCCCCCUUCAUCAUCUACUGCUUGGUCGGAAUUAGGCGUCGUUGAUCCGAUUUCUCCAUCGUUUGGGAGUUCAGCAGGUUGGGAUCCAUCAUGGUAA